GCUGAGUACUAUCCAUACUAUUGAAGGCACUUUUGCCGUUAGUCAUGAAUAAGCUAACAGCAGCCCGUGAAGGACACAGACAAAUCGUCACAAGUCUGAUGGCAAACGCAGCAGACAAAGGAGUCCAGGAACUUGUAACGGUAUUGGAAACUCUAGAAAAGAAAAUGAAAUUGCUUGAAGAUUUAGACGAAAAUAUUCUAACCGAAACAGCUGUCGAACAAAUUGAACAGGAAAUUAGUGAUGCUGAACAAUAUAAAUUAAAAAUAAAAUUCGCAAUUCAAAAAUACAAGAACAUUAUAUCGAUCCAAGGAGUCAAUGAACCAAAACAUGUCAUGAAAAUGUUAGAGAAUAAUUCAAAUCGCUUUGCAGAGAGUAAAAAUUUCAUACAAAGCAUAGCAGACGUGUCGCUGAUGAUGGCAAAUAUUUCACAGUUGAGAGCAGUAGUAGGCUUUGGAGACGCAAAUCGAUUUUAUAUUCACCUCCUUAUACUUGUAAUGCUAUCGUUAGCAUCACAUAUAAUGUUUGUAUUUUUCACUGUUAUAAGAUCGCAUUUCCUUAAGAAACACCAUAUUGCCCUGAAUCGAGCAAGUUCAGAUAUAGAAAAACAUCAAACCAAAGACAUCAACAAUCAGCAAACCACUCAACAAUCCACAUCUUCAACAACGGCACAAAGUCCACAAGGUACACAAAGUUCGACAGAUGAUCAAAGUACGUCAGCUCAAAAAACUUCGCAAACUGGAAAAAGUCCGAAAGCCGAUCAGGAAGAAGAGAAACAAGUUACAUUUUGCUGCUGUUGUACCAAAAAGUAUAGAGGAAACGAAUACAGUAGCAGCGAUCUUUGUCAGUGUCCACAUUGCCACACCGAUCGUUACUUGGGUUAUAUCUGUAAUAUUCUCGUUUUUAUCACAAUUUGUGCAAACAUUGGCAUCACUGGUAUUGGACUUUCUUAAGAUUACCUUGAUUCAUAAUUAAUGUUCGAAAUAAAAUGAUGUGCCGGUUGAUGUGACAAAAAGAAAAGGCUCUUUUAAUUUCUACAGUUUGCAUGAAAUUGGAAUACACAUUUACAUUUUAAGAAUAAUUUUGUUGAGUGCAACUUACAUGCUCCGGUUUCGUUAUGUUAAUUAUUCAACCUUGCUAUAUCUGUAAGAUGCUUGUACCAAACAUCUUGAUAAACCUCAUUAACGAAACCGACGUCGUACAUAAGCUUCAUAGGAAGAAAGAAAAGAAGUUAUGAGUAUAAUUUAACUUAAACUGUUGCCUAUAUUUAACUUAUAUAUAGAUGAUUUUCUUUCACUAAUUAAUUUUAAGUUUGGGGAUUAUGUUAAACGUAUUUAUACCACCGAAAUGGAGAAGAAGGAUACAACAUAUAGAGUUAAGUCUGCAUCGUGUCUUGAUUUUCAUCUCGAAAAAGAGAAUGAAGGUCUGUUGAAAACAAAUAUAUCAGAUUGGGUGUACUUUUACAUCUCACCCCACUUUUUUAAAAUUAAUUUUGUAUUUACAUUGUGUCAUAGAUCAAAUUUAUUCGUUCAGUGUAUGUUUACUUGUUAUUGUUAAUAUGUCUUUUGAUUCAGUUUAGCCAUUUCAAUUGAUAUUUUAUAGUGUGUCUUUCUAUGUUGUGAUGUUACACUAUUGUUUCAGGUUAGGGUGAAGGUUUGCGCCUGUUAAAACGUUAAACCCGCAGUAUUUGUUUGCACCUAUCCUAAGCCAGAAACCUGUUGUUCAAUUGUUGUCGUUUGUUGAUAUUUUUCAUGAGUGUUUUUUGUUUUUUUAUAUAGAUUAGACUGUUGUUUUUUCUUACUUGAAUGGUUUUACAAUAGUCAUUUUUGGGGCCCUUUAUAGCUUGCUGUUUGGUGUGUGCCAAGGCUCCGUGUUGAAGGCCGUACUUUGACCUAUAAUGGUUUACUUUUACAAAUUGUGACCUGAAUGGAGAGUUGUCUCAUUGGCACUCAUACCACAUCUUCUUAUAUCUAUCUACUAACUAUUUGAUUACCUAGGAACGAACGCAGAAAUGUGAUCUUUAAAAGAAGGAGACACUGGAUGAACUUGUUGAAAAGAGUAAAUGCAUUUGUCACAGAAUCCAUAUAGUUAUUUUGAAACUUUGCAAUUCUUUGACAGAUUCGUGAAAUGAUAAAUAAUUCACAAACUUCGGCAGACUAUCUGUUCGAUUGCGUGUCUUUCAAAAGCGUCAAUAAUUUUAGAUUAGUUAUGGAAGUAUUUAUUCAUUUGUGUGUACAAGUAUUUCCAAUUUAUAAUUAUUCAUAUACUGUGUACAUAUAUCAUAUUUCGUUUGUUGUUUACACUGUUUUUAAUUUUGCAUUCAAUAAUUAGAAUCAUGAGAAUUUUA